AUGUCGCAGAGCUCUCGUGGCAGGGGGAACGGGUCUUCGUCCAAAUCCUUCCACUUCGCAGCCGGCCUAUGUUCCGGCACUUCGGGCGCCGUUCUCCUCCAACCCAUCGACCUGCUGAAGACGCGAGUCCAGCAGUCGGGCUCGCAGUCGAUACGAGCGACGAUCCGCGAGAUUGCCAAGUCGCCAAACGCCAUAACCGCCUUCUGGCGGGGCACCGUCCCCUCGACCCUACGCACCGGCUUCGGGUCGGCAGUGUACUUCACCACCCUCAGCACCAUCCGCCAGCAUGCCACGCCUCCAGCCGCGGCAGCCGACGAGCGGGCCGGCCGGCACACCUCCUCCUCGUCCUUGCCCAAGCUCUCCAACACGGCGAACCUCCUCUCCGGCGCCUUUGCGCGCGCCUUCGCCGGCUUCCUGCUCAUGCCCCUGACGGUCAUCAAGGGGGAGCGGAUACGGGGCUUCUUUGCCGGGUACGGCGCCACUGCCGUGCGCGACGCCCCCUAUGCCGGACUCUACGUCUUGUUCUACGAGCAGUGCAAAAAGCGCCUGAGCGUGGUGUACGGGAAGGGUAAGACGGGCGUCGACGUAAAUCAGAUGGGUUCCACGCUCGCAGCCUCCAUCAAUUUCAGCUCUGGGGCCAUGGCGAGCGCCGCUUGCUCGUUCAUCACGAAUCCUUUCGACGCCGUAAAGACGCGGAUCCAGCUGCAGCCGCGAGAGUACAGGAAUACCUUCCAAGCCAUUCGCAAGGUUGUCGCCGAAGAGGGCGUGCGGUCGCUCUACGAUGGGUUGGCACUACGUCUCACGCGGAAAGCAAUCAGCUCAGCAUUGGCAUGGAUGGUUUAUGAGGAGUUGAUUCGAAGAGCAGAGACAACAUGGAGCCGCGACGUGAGCGGCCAGGUAUAG